AUGGAUGACACACCGCAAACCGAACCAGCGUUUUCUGGCUUGGAUAUGAUUAGUCAAUCGAAGAAAUCACAGAGGCUAAAGAGACAUUCCAGUCAAAAUACCUCUGAAAGCUGUCUGAGUACGUCUUUAGAUAAAUUAUCAGAAGUAAGCAAAGAAGAUCUGAAUGAACUCCAUACUGCAUAUAAAAAAUGUAAAGAAGUUAUAAAAAAAAUUGAAUCCAAGUAUGGACAUUUGUUACAAAAAGAUGACACUUUGUUAGAAGAUAUUUUGGAAGAAGAAAAUAAUACUAUAAAUUUAUGUACAUGUUCUUUUAACAAAAAAAUUGUUUUUAAUGAAGAUGGACAGCAAGUAACAAGAGAUAUAGUUCCAGACUUACAUAUUUGUCCAAAAAAGCCAAGAUUUCUCAAUCCAUCACCAUUUAAUCCGUUACCUAAGAAUCAGCCUAAUCUCCUUAUUGAGCAUGAAUUUGAUUCCUUACCAAAUGAUUUAAACGAGUUGUCUGAAAUACUUAAAGAUGAAACAAUUGAUGUUGCUUACAGAAAUAAAGUAAUACAAAAAAUUAAGUUAAUUCGUCUCGAUAAUAUUAACACUAUGAGAUAUGAUAGAAAAAUUUUAAUAGAAAAAUUAAAAGUAAAACCUGAUAGUUUAUUUGAAUUUAAAGGAGCUAAUGUAUCAUCUAUACCUGGAUAUCCUGUAAAACCUGUCGAGGAAGCAUAA